AUGAAGAGGCUCCAGAGGAGCUCUGGAAAGAACUCUGAUCGCGACGAGGCCUACUACGAUGACGAAGAUGAUAAAGACGAGGAUAACGAUGACGUAGUAGAGGAGGAAAAGAACCCCCAACCACAUCCCGCAAGCGCAAAGCUGCCAUCAACAAUUGCCUUCCCCCCCAGCAAACGGGCUAAAUACAAACAUUCCUUCAGCCGUCUAAACAAGAACAAAUUCUUCCUCCGCAUCCGCUACCGCGAACUCCACGGUCCAGUCGACUACGACGUGACCAAAGGAAUCCUCGAGUCCAAGACCAAAGCUGGUAUUCCCUACGCCACUUUUGUUGCGCACUGCAAUUCGGGAUCUUUUGGGAGGUUUACAUCACUGGGCGAAAGUUUGCCAGGGCAUCGUUGA